AUGCAAUGUUAAGUUCACGUUUGUUUUCGGGAGUUGAUAUUAUUUGUUUUGUUUUAUUCCUAGGAUUUAUUCAUUUAUAAUCUUCAGUUUUAGAAUGGCAAACGAAAAAUUGGGAGAAGCUACAUUUACACCACCAAAACCAAAUUAUUUUCGGGAACCAGAACUUAAAGAAGAAAAUGCACCUGCUUCUGUCUUAGAAAGCUUUUAUUGGCAGACUCUUGGAUGGGUUCACACUCCUCCAUUUAUCAAAGCUGAUUUAUUUCCAACGAGAAAAAUUGAUAUACCUAAAUCUAAGGAAGAUUCUGAAGAAUUUCAGCUCUACUUCAAGAAAGGGUAUGAUCCCAAGCUACAGGUAGAAGUUCAAGUGCCUUAUGGAGUGCUACCAAAACGUGUGGCCACUGAUAUCGCAAAACGGCGUUUCUCAGAUAAAAAUUUCGAAGAACUUCUUCAAAACUUUGGUCUUGACGUAAAUGUAAUACGACCACCAUUUUUAUAUUACACAGAUAGAAUGUACUCUCUGAAAUCGGAUAUAGAGGAAGGUAUACCUUGCGAGCCAUUUUUAUCCUUGGACUUCUUUGAUGACGACUAUCUUUAUGAAACACGUUCCCCUGAAGAGUGGUUGUCUCUUGGUGUCGAUGAAAGCAACGUAAAACCUGUACCAGGAACAGCUUUCGUACCUGUUCCUCGGCAAGAAGUUGGUCAACCACUGUAUCUGAAAUGGGCAAAAGUAGCUGUACUUGAUUACGAUGAUUGUCGGAAAAUGUAUCUUGUCAGGAAGGAAAACGACUAUUUGAAUGACGAAAAUCUUGUCUCAGAAUCGGAAAAAUCUUCAGGUUUGUGGGUAUCUCGUAUCUACCUAAUGUUUGAUGCUGAAGACCCUGAAAAAUUUGCAAAGCGUUUGUGGACAGCUGUUACAACCCGGCAUUUAGCUGAAGAAAAUUUAAGACUAAACUAUUACAUACAAUGUAUUCCUUUAGAGGGAAUUCCAAAAUGGCCACAAGGAGACGUGGAUAUUAUAAUAUCUAUCGCCAGGCGCAGCCUUCAGCUACAACAAAAACUACAAUGGAUAAAAGAUCACUUGCAAACCUGCGUAAAAGAGAUGGAAACUGAAUACCAGAUGACAGUCAAUCGUGUAAUUUAUACAGAAAUUUCAGGCCAAAAUUCUCGUCUAAUGAAUGAGUUUCAGAAUGAAAACAUUAGUAAUCAGUGUCCUCAUAAGCGAGGAAGUAUUGUUAACUUGAAUUACAUAUUUUCAGAGAGAUUUGAAAGUUUCCAAAAACAAACAUUUUUGGUUAAAAAAGAAGUUGUAAUCGCUCUAAAUCACGUAGAGGAGCAAAUUCUGGUCUUAAAUAACACGUCAUUGUACGUUCUGCCUCUUGACGAAAUUCUUCCCCUGGAUAAAUUCGAAUCUCUGCAACGAACGCAACUGAAAAAGGUUCAAGAAUACGUUCAAGGAGAAUGGAUGUCCAAGAUGGCAGAUGCCAUUAUAUUUAAUAUUUCAAGCUGCAGCAGUGGCUCAUACGAUUUAGAUCAAACAGAAGUACAUAGUUUAAGAUUAACGAAAUUGGGAAAGCUAUUAAGAGUAGUUAUGUUCAAAAUGCAGGAUGUUAUUAGAUUUGUGAUAAAUGAUUCGUUAGGUAAAUAUGCUAACAUGAUUGCUGAAGCCUGCCAAGUUUUUCAAGAAAUAGAAGAGAGAUAUAUAUGGAAAGACGAUUUUUCAAGCAAUAAGUGGGCUCCCCAAAACACCCCUGUUUUUGAAGUGCCGUUAGAAGUCAAAGACGAACAGGUGCAAUUUGUCGUAGGUCUAAGAAAAUACUGUGAUACAGUUAUAGAUAUAUUUAUAGAAGGUCUACGCGUAACUCAAAACCUUCCGCGGCUCGAAAAAUUGGUAAUGAAGAAAAUGCUUUACAAUCCCGAUGAUAAACUUGAAACUGUGGGAGAGAAAGAGCAACAUAUCAUCCAAUGGAGAAAAAAGGUUAAAUAUGGUAUGCAAAAAGCAGUUACAGUUGCAGAAGCUUACAUACGGUCUUAUGAUGAAACUAUUAAGUCCUUUAAAAUGGAUCAGAUUAAUUAUGUGAAGCAGCUCGCUCGAAAAAAAGCAACAUGUGAGCAACUCAAAAAUCUCAUCGAAUUUCAUCAAGGAGAAAAAGACAAACUGGCCGAUACCAUACCUGCGUUCAUCGACAUAGGACCCUUUCGUUUGAUGACACAUACCAUUCGAACGGUGGCGAUCAAAAAACAUCAACAACUCGCUGAUGCCAUUCUUGAGUAUUUUUACGAGAAACUCCGCCAAACGAUGGAAAAAAUUAAUGAUCAGUUCUUAGUCUUGUUAGACAGAAUAGAGCAACCGACAGGGAACAUAGAAGAUCUGCUAGAGAAGAAACAGUGGUGUCGAACGGUGCCGAAGAAGAUUGAUAAGCUAAGCACUGAUGUGAAUCGCCUUCGUUCUGAUUUUCGUUUGAUAUCAUCGUUUAACCGCAAUAUGGACGAUGAAGAUUUCUCCACUUACUGGCAUAUUCAGGGUUUGCCACAACUGACCAUGAAAGCACUGGAAAAAAGAACAGAAUCAUUUGACGAUGAAAGGGAACUUCUUAAAGAACAUCUGAGCUCAGACCAAGAGCAACUAAAAGGAAACCUUACUCAGCUCAGAAUUCAAACUGACUCAUUUAAGCAAUGGUCUGAUUUUGAAAAGGCUUCUUUCAUAGCUACGGAGGUGCGCAAAGCUCGCAAAGAUUUAACAAAAUAUGAUGAGCAAGCACAACUUUACAGGAAACGUGAACGACUUUUUGGUCUAUCCCUUACUAACUAUCCACAAAUUAAUAAGAUAUCAGAGAAUCUUAAACCUUAUGAGAAUCUCUGGUUGAGCACGGCUGAAUUUCAGAAAUACAAGGAACGCAUACUAACAGAGCAAUUGACCAUCGAUCCAGAACAACUACAAGAGAAUAUAACGGAAUUUCGAAAUAAUGUGGAAAAUAGUUUGGCAUUCUUUACUUUUGAAACAAACCAAAAUGUUCAUGAGGCAGCACAAAUCAUUUUGCAAGAAAUAGAUGAGUUCUUGAGAACACGUUUUAACUGAAUUAAUGUUUAUGUAACUAUAAAUAUAUUCACCUCACAUACACUUUUUCUGAUUUCUUUUUAAAUAAGAAAAGAAGAAUGGGAGGGGGGGGGAAACUCUCAUCUUAACAUAGUAUGUUUUUAUUUAUAAUUUUCUGUUGACUUAAAUAGCAAUGGCAAACCUUUUGUACGAGUUCUAUAUAAAUCAACAUUGCAAAGCAAAUAUAAUUUACACCAUGCACAUAAGAUACAUAGAUCAGCAAAAAUAAAAUAAAAAUGAAAGUGCUUAUAUGCAUAUAUUUUCGUUGUUAAAUUCUAUUUAUUCCAUGGCAAAAGAACUCGUUACUUGAAAGAUUACUUUCAUUCUGAUUUUAUGUUAUAAGUUAUUUUUAAAUUAAGCACAUAUAUAUCAUUUGAUUUUGCAAACAAUCUUUGCUAUUACUAUUAACCUUAAACUGAUUACUAAAAUAAUAUUCUUAAGUUUGCAAACCUAUUUGAAAUAUUAAAAGUGAUUACAGAAACAAAAAUUCUAUAUAUGAAAAAUUUAUUUAGCAAGUUAUUGAAGCAAUGUCUUACACCGGGAAUUCCUGACUAGGAAGACUGCAGUCAGCCUUUUAUUUACCUGUUAAAGAUUUGGUUACAGUUUAUGAAUUUAAAAAGCUACUUUUACACAAGUUUUGGUAUUUAUCAAUAUUUUCUGUACUUUUCUUGUUUAAUUUAUAAAACACAUGACAAAAUAAUCUAAAUUUAUUCAAAUAUGGAAAUGGUGAAAGAAGUGCAUGGGGCAAAAAAAGGUUAAAAACUACUUUUAUACAAUAGACAUGGUACGAAGAAAAUCAAAACAUGUUAUAAACUGCACAUGUUAUAAAAUAAAAUAAAUACAACAGUUAUAUUCUGAAUAAAUAUCUUUUUAAAAUAAUAUUACAAAAAUAAAUAACCCAUUAUGAAAAACAUUUUCUAAAUAUUUUUCAAAACUUUUAAAUUACUAUUAUUACAUAUUCAAGUGACAAUUACUCAUGAGUAUUAAAAGAGCAAUUAAAAAAAAAAUUGCUACCAAAUUUAUUGCCCUCAAAUGCUUAUUAUUGAAGAAGUUAAACAACAAGAAUGUGCAUACAUAAUAUACAUACAUACAAAACAGAUACAUAAAUACAGAACCAUAGAAACUAGUCCCGCAAAAUUUACAAACGUUGAUUCUCGAUUUACAAACGUUACUUAUGUUGAUUCUCCUUGCAUAACUUCUCCAAUAAUCGUUAUUCAGCAUGUUAUUUUAACCUCAAAUGCUUAUUAGAAUUUAUUUUAAUAGUUAAUUUCUUCAAUUUUUGAAAUAAUAUCUUAAUAAGCUCUGCUAUCAAAGUACACUUACAACACAAACAAAAUGUUAUUGCAUUCCAAAUGUUAUUUUUUGCUUAAGAUAUCAGAAAGGAUCCUUUUUAAUACCUUCUGCUUUGAGUGAAACAAAAUUUUAGAAUGAUCAGAGUUGUCAAAAUUGUUUUAUUUCAUUUACUUAAGAGGUUUAUUGAUAAAGAUAUCAUCUUUUGGUACUGAAAUUACUCUUCAGGAAAUACUGAAGAGAAAAUUAAUCAGUACGGAACAAAUUCAAUUCUUUAAAAACAUAGUUAGUUACUUAUAACAUGAAAAUAUUUCUAGCUUUUAUUUCAAGAAAAUACAAAAAGCAAAUAUAGAAUAGAAUUAUGUUACUUAUAUUAAUUAUAUAAAAUUACCCCCUCUACUUAGAAAGAAUGCUUCUUGAAAGUCUUUAAGCAAUUAUAAAAUAUUUCUUACAGAAUGAAGAAAGUAUUUUGGCAAAAUACUGUAAAAACAAAAAACUAUUCUUAUUUGGACAGGUCUAGAAAGGCAUAAAAAUGGCAGGAGUUAUU